AUGGCUUGCCUGCCCGAGCACGAGGACGCGGUUGUCGAGGUUUACUUCGACCACCAGCGCAUCGGGGAGUUUGGAACCAGUGCGGCAGUGUUUCAGCAAGAGGAAGAACGGCUGCAGCAGGAGCUGCGGGUGUCAAGGGUUGCCUCCUGCCUCUCCUCGCUUCCUCGCGGACUCGUUCUCAGCAUCGGAUCUGUGGAGGACGGGCAGCACACGAUCGCGGCUCGUCUCAAGGGGAGGGAAGGAGGAGGGUCGUCGGAGGUGAAGAUACAUGUAGGCGAGGGUUCGCUCAGCAUCCUAGUGGGCGAUGAGCGGGAGGAGGAGCAGAACGUUGUGCGACUGAACGCAUGGGGUUACCCAACAAUCUCCCCCAGGAAUCCUUUGCACGUGUACGUGAACGGCAGACACUACAGGACAGAUGACGCAUUCAUCGUCAUACCUGUACAACCAGGAACCUGUCAUAUUCGGGUCGCCAUCACCGAUGCCUUCGGCGACAUCGUCAUGGAGAGCAACGCCAACGUCACUGUCCUCCCUCCCCCACCUGCUCGUCAAACUUCUGUCCUCGACCUGCUGGCUGCCGCUAGCGAUGGGGACGUUCUCAUCUCCUGCCUUCACCCCACCAGGGGACGGCCUGAGGACGCGAUCGCCGUCAGGUCCCACUGGCUGGCUCUUGCCCGUCAUCCAAUGAGGGUUGAGUGGGUUUUUGCGGUAGACAGCGACGAUGUUGAAGCUCUUGAGGGUCUGGUGUCAACGUUCAGGGACGAGGAGAACACGCGUGUAGUCUGCGUUCCCAUCGACUGCUUGUUCUACCCCGAAGGUUUCGUUCGAUCGUCUUGCUCGACUCUAGCUGAGCUGGCAGCAGGGACAUGUGUUGCUGGAUGGAACUUUGCAGCCCUAGCUGCUAGGGGGCACGUCCUGCUUUCCGUUGCCGACGACUUCUUUCCUCCUGCUGGGUGGGAUGAGCUCGUCAUGUCUAGGACUCCUCUCUUCGACCCUGCCGUGCUGAUGACUGGUUUUGUUCUCUUCCCUGAAUUCAAGAGUGUGUAUUGUGAUGACGACUUCACUCUGUCGGCGAAAUUGGAUGGGGUUGAGGUGGACGGGCUGGACAUUGCUUUCGAGCAUCGACAUUCAGUGCAUGGAACAACCUCCCCGAGCGCUACCAUCACGGUGAGAUGA